UUGUUUUUAUAUUUAUCAGUGAUCAAAAAUGAGUGACGUUUCGUUUAACGUUGUAGAUUUCUUGAGGUCAUUCAGCAUCAGAAGAUCAUAAAUAGUGUCAAUAAAUCUGAUUAUUCUUGUCAGCAAUACUCAAUUUAAACUCACAUCGAUACUAACAAACUAAUUUUUAAGGUGCACAAUAUUAAACGCAGUUAAAAGAGUCUUGCAAAACCUAAAGGGUGGCGCUGUUUUGUUAGUAAAAUGCCAGCCUAUGGACGCCAUGACAGUGAAUCGUUGUCAUUAGGGCAGAUCGUGAAACAACCGGACAGCUCCGUGGUGCUGAAACUCCACUUCGAUAACGCCCUCGCCCUUUUUUAACGCCGAAAUCUCCCCGGGAUUUAAUUUAUGUUAACAUGUUUGGGAUCAAGGCCGUUACAGCAAAAUUCAAUAUUGCUGGAAACGUACAUUACAUCGUUUGAAGUGCAGUUAACCCGCACACAACAAUGGGUUCCUCUGUAACAGUGCAGUCUUGCAAAAGGUACGUGCUGAUCGUUAUUCUUUUUUCCUUCGUUCAUCGCAUAUCGACUUCAGUGACUCAUUAUUCAAUACCCGAGGAGAUGAAAGAAGGUUCAGUUGUAGCAAACCUUGCUACCGACCUCAGCUUGGACGUUAAAACACUGAAUCAGAGGAAGAUGCGUCUUGACAUCAUUGCAAAUAAGAAAUAUCUGGACGUGAACAAAGGAACUGGUGAACUGUAUAUUGUUGAGAAGAUUGACAGGGAAUAUAUUUGUCCUGCAAAGUCGUCUUGCUAUCUUAGACUGGAGGUAAUACUAGAAAAUCCAGUACGGAUUUUUAAUAUAGAAGUAGAAAUUUUGGAUAUGAACGACAACGCCCCACAGUUUCGACGAGACGUCAUACAUUUAGAUAUAUCUGAAGCGACGCCAAAAGGGGAGAGAUUCUCUCUCAGCAAUGCAGUUGAUCCUGAUGUUGGAAGCAAUUCAGUGAAAACAUACCAUCUGAGUGAAAGCGAAUAUUUUAAUAUUGAAAUUCAGACCGGAAGAGAAGGGUCGAAGUUUGCCGAAUUGAUCUUAACAAAGACUUUAGAUCGGGAGCAGCAAGCUGUUCAUAAUUUAAUACUCACAGCUGUAGACGGAGGCACACCUGCUCGUUCUGGUACUGCAAGUGUUAUUGUUCGUGUUUUGGACACAAAUGACAACGCUCCUGCAUUUGACAAAGAGAGUUAUAAUAUUAAAAUAAUGGAAAAUUCUCCCAUUGGAAGCCUUGUUAUUCAUCUCAAUGCAACAGACUUAGAUGAGGGAACUAAUUCUGAUAUUACGUACUCAUAUAGUUUAUACACGUCAGAGAAAACGCAAGAAACAUUUAAUCUGAAUCCUUCCACUGGUGAAAUUAAUGUUAAAGGAAUGUUAAAUUAUGAGGAUUUUAGGAUUUAUGAUAUGGAAGUUAUGGCAACUGAUAAAGGAGCCAAUAGUUUAUCAGGACAAUGCACCAUAAAGAUUCAGGUGGAAGACAUGAAUGACAACCACCCAGAAUUAUCUAUUAAAUCAUUUCAGAGUCCAGUCAAUGAAAACAUAGCAUUAGACACAGUGAUAGCUGUCGUUAGUGUCAGUGAUAAAGACUCAGGUGACAACGGAGUGGUUGAUCUUCACAUUCCAGAUCAUAUGCCGUUCAAACUGAGGGAAUCCUCUGAUAACUAUUAUGAAUUAGUAGUGUCAGAGCCAUUAGACCGUGAGAAGGUUCCAGAAUAUGACGUCACGUUCACUGUUACAGACAGAGGCUCUCCUCCUUUAUCUGACAAUGAAACUAUGACGCUAGAACUGCUGGAUGUUAAUGACAAUGUUCCACAGUUCCCUCAGUCCUUUUAUACUAUACGUGUAAUGGAGAACAACGCACCUGGGGCCUUGCUCAGUUCACUCACUGCGUUUGACCCGGACCUCCAUGAAAACCAGUAUCUAGUUUACUUCAUCCUGGAGAAGGAGAUAGCCAACACGUCCAUGUCCAUGCUGUUCUCCAUCAAUCCAGAGAACGGCAAUCUUUACGCACUAAAAACUUUUGACUAUGAGAUCGAGAAGGAGUUUCUUUUCCACAUCGAGGCCAGAGACUCUGGCUCUCCUCCACUCAGCAGUAACGUGACCGUCCACAUCAUUAUUGUGGACCAGAACGACAACGCUCCGGUUAUCGUCUCUCCGUGGCGCGCGCACGGCUCGGUGGUGGAGGAAAAGAUCCCCAGAAACACCGAUAAAGGCUCUCUGGUUGCCAAGGUGAUAGCCUUGGACACCGACUCGGUGCACAACUCUCGGAUUACCUACCAGUUUCUACAGGUGACGGACGCCACCUUGUUCAGUCUGGACCAAUACAACGGAGAGAUCCGGACUAUGAGGAUGUUCAGUUACAGAGAUCCGCGCCACCAGCGGCUGGUUGUUGUCGCCAAGGACAACGGGCAGCCUGCUCUCUCUUCUACAGUCACCAUCAAGCUGUCCACAGUGGAGACUGCCGUUAAGGCCUACUCUGACAUGACUGAGGUGCCUCUAGAAUACGACAUCUUUUCAGACCUAAACCUGUAUUUGGUCAUCGGCCUGGGCUCCGUGUCAUUUCUCCUGCUGAUCACCAUACUGGUCACCAUCGUGCUCAAGUGUCAGAAACCCAAGCCCAGCAAAGCGGCUCCUCCCUGCAGGAACAGUGUGAUCAGUGAGAGGAACUCCACCAUCGCAGAUUCCACUCUGGUCUCCAACGACGCCUACUGGUACAGUCUGUUUCUAGCGGAGACCAGGAAAGGAAAGCUGGUGGUUAGACAGCCUGUGCCAAAGGGCUCCAGAUACAUCGUGUCCAGUAUACCGAGAGGCACGGGACUGACAGACACUAGUGACUCAGCAGCCUCCACCCUGCAGGUACAAAUGACCGCUCACUUUAUUGCAGUUUAAAUGAAUGCUUAUUUCUAACUUUAGUUUUGUGGAGAAAAACAUCUGUCCUAUUUUUAAAGCAGUUCACACUGCAAUAUCUCAUAAGUGGUGUAUUGGAAAUAUUUGCUUUUUUUGCAGCAAAUGAAUUAAGUUAGAGGCACGUUAAAGUGAAAGAAUAAUGAUACAUUUUGCCAUUUAAACAAUGUGAAUCAGUUCUAAACUCAGUAAUGGAUGAAUGCAUUUAUAAAACCAGAUACAUUGAGAAAAACUACAGAAAGAAAAUCACUAAAUCAGUAUAAAAGUUAGGUCAUUACACAGUAUAGAACCACACAUUUAAUGUACCUCUGAUAUUGUCUGUGUUUGUGUUUUGCACUAAGGAUACUUUCUGGUUUCAAUUUUUGUGUGUGUGACAUCUUUACACAAUGGCUCACCAUUAAAUAUUGAACAACAAAGUUACUUUUAAAAUGUCUGUCUAAAAAUACAAUUAAGAGCCCACCUCCCAAUAUCACCCUUAAUAUUCAACCAGUGGAAAAGCCUUUGCUGACCAUGUUAAAAAAUAUCCAUCACAAAAUGGAAGUAACCUGCGUUAAAUUUAUGAUUUAAAUAGAUAGCAAAAAAUCACCAGUGAAAUAACAAAUAACAAUUAAUAGCAACCAACCUGAAGAAAAGAUUGAAAAUGACACCUCUUCUUCAUAAGUUAUCCUGCAGCUGUUUGUAUUUAACAUGUUGUUGUUUUACAGAGCAGCACUUGCUUUUCAAUUGUAACUGCUUCUGAGACAUUUUUGUGUGACUUCGGUUUGUGGCCUAUAUAUCAGUGGGAAGGUUAUGUCUUCAGUGUUUCAUUCACUGCAAAUGAAAACAAUCAAGUCUAAAGCAGAACAGAAAUGUUAUACACAAAGAGCUCAUAUAAGACUUUUUUCAAACAAUGAAAAUAUGUGGGUAAAUAUUCCUUUGACUAAUAAUCUGAUAAUUUCCUUGUCAUGCAUGGCCCGCUAUUGGUCUUCAAAUCCACAUAUGACAUGCAGUACACAGUUUUUCUCUGUUCUGAACAAUGACAGCAACAACACAGCGUAGUGCUUUUCAGCACACAUGAGCUCUGCUACCUGUGGGGUGCAGGUCUUCUGUCACUGUCAAUAGUUAAAGAUCGAGCACAGAGUCUGCAGCAUUGGAGAGUCAGGAGAUGUGUAGGGACUUUUUUUGUGCUCUGCAUCACUAGAGUACACAAUGCAGAAGGUUGAACCUACUGUUUAAAGUAACCUUUUUUCCAGCGUCCUUUGUGAUUUGAUUUAAUGUAAGUUGAUACCAAGAAUGUUGACCUGCUGAUCUAUCUUUCAAUCUAUCUAUCUUUCUAUCUAUCUAUUUGUAUGUCUGUCUAAGAUGGUAAGUAUGCUGCUGGAAGAACAAACAAUUAUAUUGUAUAGCUACAUGUAAAACUGUGUUUUAACCCACUUUUAUAGAACAAGCUGCAGUAUCUGUUAUAAAAGGUCACACUAACCAUUCUUAAUCUGUGGUAUUGUUCAAAGAUAACAUUUCAUUCAUCGACCCCAACUCUGUGAUCAUAGGAUACAUACACAAAUAACCUUUUUUUGUGCUUGCAAUGACCUGACCAUUGAACUGCUUGUUUUUUUUCUUCUCCCCACU